AUGCCGCCGCGCGUUCGGGACAGCUCCGGCUACCGCGGCGUCCACGCCCGCCCCUCCAACGUGUAUUACACGGAGAUCCGCUCCGGUAAUACACGUCUCGGUCUCGGGACGUUCGAGACCGCCCACGAGGCCGCCCGCGCGUACGACGCGGCGGCGUGGCGCCUCUCGAGGCCACAGGCGCACAUGAACUUCCUCGACGUGCGGACGCGCGAGCAGGCGCAGGAACUCGCGCCUCCGCCGCAGCUCAUCACCGACGAGGAUCGUCGCGUCCAGUGUAGGCAGGAAUGCCGCUGCUCCGGCGCUGGCUGUCUGCGACCCAUGGAAGAGAUGGCGGCAGUGCUCGGCGUUCGGCCUUGUCUCUGCGUGCGGCGACCGGGACGGCGCUCCCUGGUUGUGACGGCAGCUGUUGGGGAUACACAUAAUAGGUAG